AUGUCUUAUCACGAACGUAACUCGAAGAAACGGAAGACCGACCACAAUCAGCAGGAUACAACAUCCUUCAAGCCUUCUGCGAUCUUCAAUCCCACUCAAGGCGGUCGACCAUGGACUAUCUCUGUCGCAAUUCCCAGCAGUAUUCUCACCAACCUUGCCACUGCCGACCAGCGAAUGACCCAGCCCGCGCGCAUUGCCCGUGCCCUCGCCGUCUUUUCUGUCGAUGAAGUUGUUGUCUUUGAUGAUUCGCCCGUUUCUACUCGACCUCGCAACACGGAUCCAAACAGCUAUACAGGCGAUACCGACCCAUGUCAUUUCCUAUCGCACAUUCUCUCCUUCCUUGAGGCGCCGCCUUUCAUGCGCAAGACUCUGUUCCCUCUUCAUCCCAAUUUGCGCCUGACUGCCAUGCUGCCCAGUCUCGACAUGCCGCACCACCCCAACCCCAAGGACUGGAUUUCCUACCGCGAAGGAGUUACCAUUGCUGGCCAAACAAGCACGGGAUCUGGAACCCUCGUCGAAGUCGGCUUGGACUACCCUGUCGAGAUCGAAGCGGAGAUCCCUCCCAAGACGCGCAUAACCCUCAAGUUCCCUGAAGAUGAGAACCAAUACCCGGAGCCUGUCCAUCCUACUGCGCCAAGGACCGAAGGUGGUUACUACUGGGGUUACACUGUGAGAAAGGCCAGUUCCCUAUCCAAUGUCUUCACCGAGAGCCCCUACGAGAAUGGCUAUGACAUUAGUAUCGGUACCUCCGAGCGUGGUAUCCCUGCUUCCAAGGCAUUCCCACCAUCCAAGAGAGUCAACUUCAACCAUCUUAUCAUUGUUUUUGGUGGCCCGCGUGGUCUGGAGUUUGCAGCGAUGAACGAUGAAGAGCUCAGCAGCAUGGAUAUUCAGGGAUCCAAGACUAAAGAGUUGUUUGACCACUGGAUCAAUGUUUUGCCCAAUCAAGGUAGCCGAACUAUCAGGACUGAUGAGGCCGUUUAUAUUGCACUGACUUCAUUAAGAAAUAUUUGGGAUUCUAGCUAG